UUCAUUCCGAAAACACCGGCUCGUGCUGUCUGCUAGCUGCUCGAGGCAUUUGUUUGGUGCUCUACUAACGCAUUCAAAGCCGAGUAACGCUUUCAGCGCCCAUUUCGUAACACGAGAGCGUCUAGAAAAUAGUUAUGCUAUGUAGCGCGCAAAACUAGGUGUCGUUAACCGAUCGUUAAUGAAAUUCUCGCAACGCCGGUGGAGACGGUACAAUGCGUUUUGAAGGCAGCUGAGGGAACCUCGCGACAGCUCCCUGAAUCGCUGUAAGUGUUAGUGCGUAACAUACAAUAAGAUGGAAGACGAAGCUGCUGUCAUCUACGGCCUAGAGCUUCAGUCCCGAUCCCUGGCAGCCUUGGCCGCCGAGACUGAGACGGCAUGCUUCCUCGUGGGCACUCAGUCGCUCAAGUGCGACAACCAGAUCCACGUCCUGGUCUACAACGAAGAGACCAACUCGUUGAGCAAGGCGGUCUACAUCCACAGCGCCGGCGAACUCUGGCAUCUCGCCUGCUCGCCCACGGACAAGACCCUCUUCUCCUCCUGCUACAAUGAAAUCACCAAGGCUGGGAAAUGCGAGAUGCAAGCCGCCAUCUGGAAGCUGCCGGAGGUGCCAUCCGUUGGCGAACUUUCACCUCCAGACGACGGACUAGCAUCCUUGCCACGACUCGAUAAGGUCACCCACCUCGACACCCUGAAGUACGGCACUGAAGUGCCCAGGGUGUUAUGGGAACCCACCGAGGGUCGCAAGCUGGUCUCCCUGGUCAACAACAACCUCCUAAUGUUUGACCUGGCAUCGGCAGGCAUGUCUGCCACGCUGACCGGGUGCAUCACAGUGGAGCUCAAGGGCAACCCCAGGCUAAACUGUGCCGCCUGGAACCCGCACCAGAGCUGCACCCUGGUGGCGGCGGCCGUGGACACCGGAAUCAAGGCCUUCGAUCUGCGCUCCAUGCAGCAGGCGUGGCAGAUCGAAGGGGCCCACGGACAGGUAGUUCGGGAGCUAGACUUCAACCCAAACCGUCAGUACUUCCUCGCCAGCUGUGGUGAUGACUGCCUGGCCAAGUUCUGGGACGUGCGGAACCCCUCUGAACCAGCGGUCACCCUGAGUGACCACUCCCACUGGGUCUGGAGUGUGCGGUACAAUCACUUCCACGACCAGCUCGUGCUGACUUCGAGCAGCGACUCGCGGGUGAUCCUGUCGCGCGUCGCGUCUGUGUCGUCCGAGCCCUUCGGCCACCUCGUCGACGACGAAGAGGAGGGUGGCGAUGAACACAAGGAAAAGAAAUGCGAAAAAGAUGGCGUGAUAGCGACGUACGAGGAGCACGAGGACAGCGUCUACGCCGUGCACUGGUCGACGGCCGAUCCCUGGCUCUUCGCGUCGCUCAGCUACGACGGGCGGCUCGUCCUCAACCGAGUUCCGCGCACCGAGAAGUACCGCAUCCUUCUCUGACAGCGCCCAACAUUCCUCUCUUUUUCGUUUGGAUGUUCGCAAUAAAUGUGAGAUUU